AGGAGAAAAAAACAAUUGCCAGCAGGAGCCGGUGUAUGGGUCAAGCAGAAUGAUGAUGUGCUUGUUGCUAUUAUGUUGCUGCCGGAUCAGACAUAUGCUGACUACAAUGUGGGAAGCCAUCGACACAGAUCGAUACAUUUAACCGCCUCGCAGGAGAUUUUUCACAAGCCACGAACACGUACACGUACUCGCAGUCCUAAUCGAACAAAGAUCAAGCCACGUUCCAAGAGUUCUACAAGUACAAGUAGCUAUGAUCGUACCGCCGAUUUCUUUGAGAAUAUCCCCGACUUUCUGGGUGCCACCUUGCCGGCAUUUCUCUAUAGUCCAACCGAAGAAGCAGCAGCCGAGAUUAGCCAGAAGGAGGUGGUGGAUGACCAAAGUGAUGCCUCAUCAAGUAAGAGUGAAAAUUGUGAUAAUGAUGAUGUUCUACGCUUGUGUGAAGAUUUCCUCUGUCGGCAUCGCAUGCGACCUGAUUUCUUUUGUCAAUAUCACAAGGCAGUCAGUUCUGCCACACCCUCGCCAAAACAAAGAAAAGCCUCACCUGCUGCUGAAAAUACACCAAAAACAUCGCCAUCUAACGAUGCCGAGUUAAAGAUAUCCAAGGACCAGAACAUCAUCGCAUCAUCAUCAUCUCCAUCAGCUGCAUCACCGACAGCCAAUAAGAUCAGUGCUGCAGUUGAACGCUUCACAAAAUUUUCCGCAAUUUAUACUUUACCCGUGGCGAAGCGGAAAAAGGCUGGCAAUAAAACAGGAAAUAUAACAGUCAUUGCUACAAUUGUAGCCGUCAAGCAGUUCAUUUUGAAUGGGGCGAUCAAGCAGUUCAGCUGA